AUGGCGACGUGCGGCGGCGGAGCCGGGACUGGCCCCGCUCCCGGUCCCGCUGCGGGCGGAGCCGGCGGGCGGAGGGGCCCGGCGCUGAUUUGGGCUGAAAACAAGAGGCUGAACAAGGGGACGGAUACGGUGGAGAAAAGGGGACCAUACAUCAUGAGCAAACCUCCCUCCAUUCAGGCCAAGCUGAAGAGGCAGCGUGAGCUGGUGAAGGCAGCUCUGCGAAGGCAGGGGCUGCUGGGGGGACCCACCACCCCGAAAUCGGCACCUAAAAGGUCGGUGAAGUUUAACAAGGGCUACACUGCACUCAACCAGACAGCUGAUGAGAACCUGGUCUCCCUCGACUCAGACAGUGACGGGGAGCCAGGAUCCAGAUGUUCCUCAGGAUACUCCUCUGCCGAGGUGAACCAGGACCUGAGCCGGCAGCUGCUGCAGGAUGGGUACCACCUCGACGAGGUCCCCGAUGAUGAAGACCUGGAUCUCAUCCCCCCAAAACCAGUUGCCUCCUCUUCUUGCCCCUGUUGUUUCGGAGAAAAUCUCUCCUGUGUGAUCCAAUAGGUGCACAAGAACAGGUCAAAAUCCAGCACUUUCUUUGUCCCGUGGGACGGCUGUUGCUGUCUGUGUCCCCUGCUGGGAUGGUGACACAAUGACUGAACGAUUCUGCUUAUGGCAGAGA